UAGAACUUCUUCCAAGGGUGAACUUAUCAGUCCUUGUGUUGAAGAAAAAUGACCGGGGAGAACUUGUACCACCUUUCAUUGUAACCUAAGGGACACUUGUGUUUAUUCUAGAAUCUAGAGAACAAAGUGAUAGAUGAUGGCUUUAGUAGAGAACCAAUAAUUUCGUACCUAGUCACAAUUCCUUAAUAAGCAGCCAAAAACCUUAGGAACUUUUAGAACCCCCUUUUUCUUUCUUGGGGAUUAGAACUGACAGAUGUUAUGCUUGUGUGUGACUCUAGGAAGGCAAGGCACUCAUCCAAAAUCAGUAUCUGCUAAAUACCUUGUGGUAAUACUAUUUAUUAUCCAGGGGUAUACUCAGAUGAAAGUUCGAGUGGUUUAGUUCCCUCUGGUUCUGGCAAGCCUGCGCACAAGCCAGAAUCCUUAACUACAAACCACUCUGGCUACGCCUCCGCCCCGUCACCCGCCGGCGGAGCACAAGCCCGGACCCGUCCGGCCAGCGCGUCCUCGCCCCCUUUAAGAGCCUGCUCCGCGGGACUAACGUUCGAAUAGCCCAGGCGCCCCUCCUCGGCCUCCGAUUGGCCGCGCGCGGCGCACGGGGGCGCGCCGGCCUGCCCCGGAACGGUUGGCGGCCCGUCGCGAUUGGCGGUCGAGGGGCGUAUAUAAGGCGCCGGGCGUCCGGGUUGCCCUCAGUCAGCGACCGGACCUGGGACUGAGCUGUUUUCUGUGGUGCCCAGGACGCGGGGGUCGGGGAGCGCGUCACCGGAGUCGUUUCUUUUAGCCUUCAGGUAUCGAGGGUCCAGCUCCGGACCGGACUUGUCGACGUCUCUCCUUCCCUCUCAGCUUCCGAACGUGAGCCGGGGGUUCACCCCUCACCUCGGCGCCAGCCCCGCGAGGGGGAGGCAGGAUGGAGUUCAAGCUGGAGGCUCACCGCAUCGUCAGCAUCUCCCUGGGCAAGAUCUACAACUCGCGGGUCCAGCGCGGCGGCAUCAAACUGCACAAGAACCUGCUGGUCUCCCUGGUGCUGCGCAGCGCCCGCCAGGUCUACCUGAGUGACCCGUGCCCGGGCCUCUACCUGGCCGGUCCCGCGGGGAGCCCGGCGGUGCCGCCGCCGCAGCCCGGGGAGCCGGCGGCCGGGCCUCCCGCGGGCUGGGGGGAGCCGCCCCCGCCGGCCGCCGGUGCUGCCUGGCCCGAGAUCGAGCCGCAGCCGGAGCGCCCCGCUGACCCGGCCGCGCCGCGGGCGGGCGACGCGGAGCCCGGGGCCCCGAUGACGGGCGCAGGGGAAACUGUUCGGGGCGGAGAGGUGGAGGCGGCGGAAGCUGCCUGGCGCCGCGUGGAGGGACCGUGCGAGGCGGCGGAGGGAGGAGCCGGGGGCCCCGCCGGAGGCUCAGACGGCUUCCCCGAGGGGCUCCGUGAGGCGCGCCGCCACUGCGGCUGCCCCCCAGGAGCGGCGGACCGGCCGGGGCCGCUGGGCGCGUGCCCCCGAGUUGACUGCUGCUGCGCGCCGCGGCCCGCCGAGGACGAGCCCCCAGCACCGCCCGCCGUCGGCCCCCGGAAGCGUGGCGCGGCGGGCGUGGGUGGCGGCCCGGCGCCCGGCUCCAGCCCGCUGAAGAAGCCCCGCCGGAACUCAGAGGAGCAGUCGGGCGGGGCGGCGGAGGAGGAGGAGGAGGAGAUGGAGACCGGUAACGUGGCUAACCUCAUUAGCAUCUUCGGUUCCAGCUUCUCGGGACUCUUGCGGAAAAGCCCCGGGGGCGGCCGGGAGGAAGGCGAGGGAGAGGAGAGCGGUCCGGAAGCCGCGGAGCCCGGGCAGAUCUGCUGCGAUAAGCCGGUGCUGAGAGACAUUAACCCUUGGAGCACAGCCAUCGUGGCCUUCUGAGCCCCCGGGUCCCCGUCGGAAGGAGGUUGAGCCGCGGGGGGACCCCGACGUGAGGCCGCGAGGGCGGCCCAGGGACCGUAGGCGCUGGGCGCGUGGCGGAGCCUGCGGGUGCUGCCGGGCCGCACGGACUGCCCUUGGGCUCGGCGGCCCUGCCGCGCCGAGCCUCCCUGCGGUCUCCUCUGGAGACUUGGCGGGGGGUGGGGGGGUGAGGCUUGUCGGAAGAGGACGAUCGUUCGCUUUUGUGUAGUGUUGUUAUGUCUGUACGUAUGUUCGUCUUGUUGAAUUAAGACUAUUUUGUCGUGGAAUGCAUCGCCCCUUUCCCAGGGCUUGGGAGCUUGGGGGCAGACAGGGACUUUCCUCUGCCGGCAGCACCGAGAAGGAAGCGGCUGAGAGGGCCGGGGAGUUCCCCUUUCGUACUCGGGGGAGGAAGGGACUUUACACACACCCCUCACAUGAAAGCUAGCAUCGCACCAGUGCCAGGGUGGCAUUUCCUCACAGGAUUUCCUAAGACUAGAGGGAUUUAGUCUGGGGGAGAGGCUCGUAUUAUUUCUCUCUCCCCCCACCCUUCUAUCUCACUGAAAAAGUUUAUACCCUGUGAUUACUCUGGGAAAAGGGAGUAUGAGCGGCCCUUGUCUUCCCCCACAGGGGGGAAAAAAAAGCUUGCUGAACUUCACAGAAGAGUUCAAGCUUGGAAAUACGGAGUUUAUAGAGAAUAGAUAUAUUUUUAAAAGCUCUAGAUCAGAACUACUACACAGUGCUUUUAAAAAGUGUUUAAUGAAACAAAGUUUACAGACAGAAGCCCUAAGUGGAAAGACCUUAUGGUUUUGUAGAUACGGUGACUCCAGUCUUUGUUGUAUAAAGGUUGGGGGAGCUGACAAGGUUUUUGUACAGUAUUUUCUCCUUCGUUGUAUUGAUUUUUGUAUAAAAAUGUAACUUUACGUGUCUAACACGUAUUAAAUAUUUUGAAGCAACUUAA